AUGGAGUUCUUCCACAAGGCCAAAGCCGUCCGCCUCCGCAGCCACCACGACAAGUACCUCCUCGCCGACGACGACGAGGAAUCCGUCCUCCAGGACCGAAACGGGUCGUCCAAGUCGGCCAAGUGGUGGGUCGAGCCCGUACCCGGAUCCGACUCCAUCAUCCGCCUCAAAUCCUCCUACGGCAAGUACCUCACCGCCUCCAACCACCCUUUCCUCCUCGGCAUGACCGGCCGGAAGGUGCUCCAGACCCUGCCCCGCCGCCUCGACUCGUCGGUGGAGUGGGAGCCGGUUCGGGAGGGGACCCAGAUCAAGCUCCGGACCCGGUACGGGAACUUCUUGCGAGCUAACGGCGGCCUCCCGCAAACUCUGUGA